AUGGUUCCAGUGGAAAGUUAUCCUGAUGAACAACCCUUCGAGAAGAAAUUGAAGCUUACUAGGGAGCCCAUUACCUUUAAUGAUGACAACCUAGAGGGGAUGAUCCAACCACACGACGAUGCUUUGGUGGUCACAGCUCUGAUAAAUGGUUUUAUAGUAAAGAGAGUAUUGAUAGAUCAGGGAAGUGGUGCAGAAGUGAUGUAUCCCAACUUGUUUAGGGGGCUUGUAUUGAAAAUUGAAGAUCUUUCUAAGUAUUAUACACCCUUGGUGGGGUUUGAUGGUCAGAUGGUAAUUCCGGAGAGGCAGAUCUCGUUUCCUGUAAAUAUGGAAGGUAAGGAAGUAAUGGUGAUCUUUAUAGUGGUCACUUCAUUUUCCCCGUAUUUUGCAAUUCUUGGAAGGCCAUGGAUUCAUGCGAUGGGGGCAGUCCCGUCUACUCUGCAUGUUAAGGUCAAAUUUUGCACUGAGCACGUUAUUACUAUAGUGAAGGGAAACUAG